GGUUUGGCGUGUCGGAACUUUAAGAGUGCAGCCGACUUUUUCAUGAACUAGAGCUCGACCACGCGUACUAUUCUAGUAGAGGCGGCUAACAGUGAUGCUUGUACCCCGCCCGCGAUACAAAUUCCCCGGGCCGUAUAGCAUGCCUAUUGGGUGGGACUGGGAAUUUCGGCCACUGAACAAAACCCGACAAGCACACCGAAAGUCUUAUACCGGUCGAUGCUAAAGCUUCACGCGCCGCAACCAGAGCACCGGCUGAUUACCCUAAACCCUGUUUAAGUUAUCAAGCACUUACUUUUUACUAUUCGUCUAAUACAAGUUCCCAUUUGCAUGCAUCUACACCUCGGCCUGGAUCAUUUUGAUCUUUUUCUUUUCGUUUUUUUUUUAUGUACCCUGAACCCCUCCAUCAAACUUCCCAUGUACGUGCAAAUUGCCCGGCCCACACGGACGCUUCUUUUCCCUAGUGGGAAUAUACUCGUGUACUGGUGGGGACAGCCCGCUGCGCACUGGACUCGCCGAUGGGAAUUUACGAUCUAGUUGUUUUUUGUUUUUCGUACGAAAACUUUUUGAUCUACUUGAACUGCAGCACUGUAACGCUAUGUAUAAAAAAGAAUUUUUACCACCUUCUUGUUUUUUUUGGCCGAGGUGUCUAAGGCGCUACUAGUGCCACUGAUCCGCACAGUGGGCUUCCGCGCUACGAAUAUUUGUAGGUCGUCGAAGGUGGGCGCUACGCGGAAUGUACUACACGAGCAGGCCUAUGGUGGCGGCCACGGCGAUGCAGUCACGCAGACCGCCAUGCAAAACUAACUAGCCUCGCCAUGAGGUCCCCGCGAACGCCACGCCUGUCGCCGCAUCUGCUGACGCAACAGCAGUGCGAGGGAUGGACUAUGCUAAGCCUCUUCGGGCAUAAGUUAUUCAUCCCUUUUUGUAGUAGUACUACCGGUCGGCGUGCUAUGUACGGUUAAGUCCCUAGAGCACCAGGGGAGCUAAAAAACAAGUUCUUCACCGCCGGGCGCUACACUAGUACGAUUGUUUUCCUUUUUUUUACUAGAGCUAUCGCCAAACCCCUUCACGUUCACGCCUCUGUCUCAUAUUCUUUUACGUGUUUCCUUUCACUUUCUCGCACAAAAUGUCACUUUUUUUUUGUUUUCCGCCACGAACCCUUGCUGCUCACAGCUUCCUCAACCUCAAGCGCGUUUUCUUCUUGGAAAACGCAGCACACCGCGUCGCUGCCUAGGGGUCGUCUGCAUGCCCCCGGGGCACCUUCCGCCUAGAUCACGCCGGCCAGCUCCACUAGCGCGCAUAACCUGAGAUGAAGUUUUUUCCCGCAAAGCAGCACCGCAGUGCUGCCGCCUGAAUGGAAGAUCGAGCUCAUCCUUCAACUACUAUUUUGCAUAUCUGUGUUUCACAUCGAUCAAUGCAAACUAAUCAAGAUAAAUCAAAGUAUACUAAUCAAAAUAAAUAUAAGUAAACACUACUGGUACUGCGCAUGGCAAGAUCAUAUGAAUUAGUAUCCUUUUUCCGUUUCGCCGCGCGCUCCCUUCGUCUCUCGAUUGGUAUGCCGUCUCGCGUAUGUUCUCGCUGUACGGGUUGCGUGUCCUGGUAUCAAUUGGGUUCCACUUGCUGCACAUCAGGUGUCGCAUGCAGGUCCAGGAAGCGUCUUCUGGCAGGUGUGUUGCGUUCGGCCAUGUGGAGGUCGACUAUAGAUCCCGGGGGCAGCAAGCCCGUGCUCUAUCGCGGCAAGCCACCUCCCUGGCGGCGCUUGCGGUGUGUGGCUCCUUUCUCGCGUGCGCGUGCGCGAGAAUUACCGUUUGGUAUGCUCGCACUCGUUGGUGCGGCGGUACAACAGUUUUUUUGGAGAGAAACUCAAAAGACCCCCAGUGA